AUGUAUGAGGUGGUGCUUGAGGGUGGGCAAUCGGGGACCGGGCAGAGCUUUGUCGGGUUAUUGGACAGCUCACGGGUUGGAUUGGCGCAAGCUUUGAAAUGCUCGAAUUUGGCGGGCCCAAUCCCAAACCCCUCCCACACCCGCCGCCCCGUCGCCCCGUCGCCGGCCUCCGACGCCUGCGUCGGAUUAUUCCUCUCUUACUCCUACGAAAGCGGAAGGAUCCUCUCGCCGAUUCAGCCCUCGGAUCCACCUACGUCUGCUCCACCUCCGACGAUCGCCGGAUUGAAGCAUCUCGAUAGAAACAGAGGCCGACCCGAUGGGACUCGAUCGGACCUGAAAAGUCAUCCACUCCAGCCUCUACGCCUCGCUACGGACGAACUUGCCCCGGGAGGUCAUGGGUUUCCGGGCCUACCCGUUCGUGGCAAGCGGGAAGCCCGGGAGAGAUCUGAGGAGGUUUCCGGGCUCGGUGAAGUGGUUAGGUUUAGGAGUGAGAUGUCCCAUGUGGGGUUUGCGGAGGGUCGGAAUUGGUCGGUAAGAUCGAAAAUUGGGAAUGAGAAACGUGGAUACGAUGAGGUGUACGACGCCGUGGUAGUCUACAACGGGCAUUAUACGGAGCCCCGGGUUGCAGAUAUACCUGGGAUCACAAAAAGCGGCGCUAUGAAAAAUAUGUCCGUCCCCAGAUCCUUCUUCGACAGGAAGUGCAUCAGUAGCGUCACGAGCCCUCUCAUCGACUCCCCGAGCAGAAACGCCAGUAGGUCAUUGUACACUUUACUAACCUCGACGCUCUUGAAAAAUUGCAGGGUAGCCACCGCGGAUCUGCACUGA